ACGGAACUGCCCCCGUCUCCUCCCUUCGGCCACUCCAUUAAUCCCUCCACUUAUACGUAUAUAUAGAUGUUUGUAUACGUGCUAUCUCUAAUCAGAACUCAGCUUAUCUCUUAUCUCAUCUCUAUCCAUAUUCGAGCUCAUCCCAACAAAUAGGAUAAGGAUUUCCAUUAUCUACUUCUAUUAAUAUCGUUCCGAGGAUUUCCAUUAUCAGUUUUUUUUUAAUUCACCGGCGUUAAUCAAUUAGGAUUUUUUGUGCAAUGGUUACCCAAAAUUCAGUGUUUGGGUCUCGAAAUUAGCGAAGCGGAGAUCCGGCCUUCUCAUUCUGGGGCUGGAUAUAUACAAGGAUUUCAUGGUAGAUUCCGGCGCCGUCUCGGCGGACGAGGAGGAGAGCCACCGUCCCUCCGCCGGGCUUCUGUUCGGGAAGUAUGAAUUGGGGAAGCUGGUGGGGCGCGGGGCCUUCGCGAAGGUGUACCACGCGCGGGACGCGCGUACGGGUCAGAGCGUGGCCAUCAAGGCCGUGAGCAAGCAGCGGCUGGUGAAGGGCGGGCUCAAUGCGCACGUUACGAGGGAGAUCGCUAUCUUGCACCGCCUGCGUCAUCAUCAUAUCGUGCGCCUCUUCGAGGUCCUGGCGACGAAGACGAAGAUCUAUUUCGUCAUGGAGUUCGCCAAAGGCGGAGAGCUCUUCGCGAAGAUUUCCAAGGGGAGGUUCAGCGAGGAUCUCAGCCGUCGGUAUUUCCAGCAGCUAAUCUCCGCCGUCGGAUACUGCCAUUCCCGCGGCGUCUUUCACCGGGAUCUGAAGCCGGAGAAUCUCCUCCUCGACGAGAACCUCGAGCUCAAGGUCUCCGAUUUCGGCCUCAGCGCCGUCGCCGAUCAGAUUCGACCCGACGGACUCCUCCACACCCUCUGCGGCACCCCCGCCUACGUGGCGCCGGAGAUCCUCGCAAAGAAAGGCUACGACGGCGCUAGGGCCGACGUCUGGUCGUGCGGCGUCGUAUUGUUCGUGCUGAACGCCGGUUAUCUCCCGUUCAACGAUCCGAACCUCAUGGUCAUGUACCGUAAGAUCUACAAGGGAGAGUUCCGUGUGCCGAGAUGGACAUCGCCGGAGCUCCGGCAACUGCUGACCCGGCUUCUGGACCCGAAUCCGUCAACGAGGAUCACCGUCGACGAGAUCAUCAAAGAUCCGUGGUUCAAACAGGGAUACGAUGAGAAAAAGUCGAGAUUCCACCAGGAGGAUUCGGAUCUGAAGCUACCGGGGAACGAAGGGGGGAGGAGACGGCUAAACGCGUUCGACAUCAUAUCGGGAGCUCCGGGAUUCAAUCUGUCGGGUAUGUUCAGAGAGGCGAGCAAGUACGAGAAGACGGAGAGGUUCGUAACGGGGGAGAGGCCAGAGAGGGUGGUGGAGGAGCUGGAGGCGGCGGCGAAGGAGGAGAAUCUGAAGGUGGAGAAGGAGGAGUGGGGGAUGAAGCUGGAGGGGGGGAAGUAUAAGAUAGCGAUGGUGGUGGAGAUAAACAGGUUAACGGAGGAGCUGGUCAUGAUAGAGGUCAGGACGAAGAGGGGGUCAUGGGGAGACAGGAUACGGCCGUGUCUCAUUCACCUGUCCGUACGGUCUCCGGUCGAAGCGGUGUAUAGGGUCAGAUGAGGAAAAUCUUCUUAGAUUUUACGUUGACGAUUCUGACAAGUGUUUUUUUAGGGGCGGUUCUGUUCUGCUGAGUUCCGUUCCGUUCCGUUCACAUUAUCAACGUCGUCGGCGACCGUUUGUAAUCUUAUAUGUGUGGAAAAUAUCAAACUCCGAUUAGUUUUAGCGCAAUGUAUAGACUAUGAAUAUCGAUCCUUAAUUAUGUAUGUGUAAUUGGGCAUUCACUGCAUCAUAUGACUCGUCUAAUACCAUGUAUCAUGUUUUAGAACGUCUUUUUUCCCUCCUGAAUCAUCAAAGAGUUUGGAGAACGAA